CGACAGGUGCGCUCCUCUCAAAACACAAAAAAAGACUUCAUCUUUGAUGCAGAAAACCGAGAAGAUGAUGGAGAAUGACCAGUAGGAAAGUUUAAGGAACUUUGUGCGGGCCGAGGUCAAAAGCUUGCAUCCAAUCAGCCGCUCCAUGUGAAACCUAUUUGGACACACUGUGAGCUCACCAGUCAUCAGUCUCACAAUCAUGAAGAGGAACAAGCAGAUAAACGUCAAGCGUGCCCUCGCUCUGGCAGGCACCUUCACCUUCCUGUGCUCCUGUGCCAAAGCCUGCCUGCUCCCCUUCCUCACCCUGUACUUCAGACAGCAGGGCCUGACUCCUGCGAUGACCGGCGUCGUCAUGGGGACCAAACACCUCAUAACGGUGAUGUGGUGCCCCGUGACGAGCCUGCUGUCCAAGCACUACAACAAGAGGCGGACGGUGAUCAUUGGCUGUCUGGUGUGUUCGGCAGCAGUCGCUCUGGCUCUGCUUCUCAUCCCCUCCGCGGAUGUAAACACACAAAGCGCCGCCUGCAACGUGUCUGAUCGGAAUAGCGGUCCGACUCAAGGUGCGGGUGAUCACAGGCUCAUGAGUAGCGUAGGACCCACGACUCUAUCGACUGGAACCCGCCCAAAAAUCAACACAACUGCCAAUUCUCACACUGGGGUCACUUUUCCUGCGAAGACACCUGGUGGUAAUAAAUCUGCUCCUGUUGUGAUGAACAAAACUUCACAGCAUGAUAAUAAAACACCUCAUCCUCAGUUAUCUGAGGCGGUCAACAACACUCUUAAAGAGCCCAACAUCAGCAGCUCUGUCGUGUUUCAUACCACCAGCCCUCUGGCAACUUUAGAGAGGAAUAAACGAUCCAAGUUUAAAUCAGAGGAACAACCAGAGCAGGACAAAGAGAAUCAUUUUGACUUCAUGAGCAGGUUAAAGAUGAUGUACGCUCAACACAAACUCUUCUUCUUGUUACUCAUCACUGUGUCCAUGUGGGAGUUUGUUUCAGCCCCUCUAGAGUGGACGGCAGACGACGGCCUGUAUGAAUAUCUCGAUUUCGCCGAUGCCUCGGACCGAUACAGCAGCACCAGGGUGUGGGGUUUACUGGGAGCAGCGUGUGGGGUCGUGGGAGUGGGGUCGCUGGUUAGCCAGUUAAGCUGUCUCAUAGCAGGUCAGAUCUCCAGGAGCGCCGUACAUUUCUUCUGCUAUGCUGGUGUGACAGCUCUGGCUCUGCCCGUGGCGACCCUCCUGCCUCUCUACCUGAACAAGAAGCGGGACAAGGCCAACGGGCUACUUAAAGCUGUGCAGCUGGUGCGUGCCUCCCCCCGUGCUCUGCUCUGUACCGUCACCACCCUGCUGGCUGGGAUGGCGGGCUCGGCCGUGGAUAACUUCCUCUUGUGGCAGAUGCAGGAUCACGGGAGCAGUGAGCUGCACAUGGGAUUGUCUCUAGCCCUCGCUCUGCUCUCACAGGCCUCCUUUCCUCUGCUGGCGGGCCGACUGUCCAAGCUCCUCAGCCCAGGACGGGUGCUCGCAGUGGGGGCUGCAUGUCUGGGGUUGCAGUGCUUCUAUUACUCCUUCCUGUGGGGGCCGUGGGCCGCGCUUCCCGCUCAGGUUUUGAGCUGUUUCAGCAGCGGAGCCCUCUGGUGGGCUGUGAGUGUCCAGUGUGAAGAUGUUGCCACACCGGGGGCUGAGAGGAGUGUGAGGAGGGUCUACAGUACGCUCUCUCUAGAGCUGGGAAGCGGGCUGGGGAGCUUCGCUGGAGGGUUCGUGGUCCAGAGGUUUGGGCUGGAGUGGCUGUUCAGAGGAGUCGCAGUGGGUCUGAUGGUGUGGUGUGUAUGUCUGCCUCUGCUCCAGUGGAAAGCUCCUCGCCAACGCAGGAUUAACUAUUCUCGCCUUUUGGCAACUGAAGCAAGUGAAGCCAGCGACUCUGAGUCUGAACAGGAGAGAGACUGGCUGGAUAAAGCAAUGGAAGAUGACAAAAGCAAUAACAACUAUGGAAGGAGGAUAAACCACUGAACUGCACAGCGUGACAGCAUUAAGUGAUGCGUUAAAGCAUUUACUACAGUAGAUGGAAGGGAUUAACUUCAUAGAAUAAAUUGUGUCAACAUGGAGUCAGAUGGUUUUGCACUCUCACUUACAGACAUGUCACUCUUAAUAAUAGCGGGACAAUCGAUUUCCUUCCCUAACAGGUUCAUGCUGACUUUUAACUCUCAUUAUGUCAUCUUUUGCAUUAGAAUUAAAUGUCGUGGCAUCUCAUCUGUCUGUCUUGGUGUUUCAUCAGCCUGCAAGUGACAGACUCACUGAUGGAUUUUGGGAUUCAUCUCCAAGCCUCCUGAGCUCCGAACAUUUGCAUAAGCAGUCAUUCUUUAUAAAGCAAACAAGGGAGCAGGAUUAUAGGUGGGCAGAAGGAGGACUCAGUACCACCAGGCAAGUCAACAGCUCAUCAUGACAAUAAGAACACUGAAUCCUUUCACAGGGAGUGUAAAUACAACACGUAUACACAAGGUGAGGCUAGACUACACUUGGUAUCCUCACCACACCCACAGUCGGUUUACCUUCCUCUAAAGUCACCACUAACUGUUUUUUUUGGAAUCUAAACAGUGUGUGGCCUGAUAAAAAUAAUUAAACAAUUAGCUUUCAGUGAUGUGUAUUUACCUGCAGCACAUUCAAACCCACGUCCGAGUGUUCAGAUUGUUGUGUUAUGCAGUCGUGUGCAGAUGUGCAGUACCAGUCAAAAGUUGGUUGGACAAACCUUUCCCAUUCUCUUGAAUUAAAAAGCAUCUCAACUUUUGACCGGUACUGUAUGCAGAACAUUUAGAGGGCAUCUGUGUUUGCAAAUAUGUGACAGAAAAGCUUUGUGUAACCUGUAUUUGAGUUAGUAUUAAACAUACCUUGUGUCAAUAGGUUCAUUUUGACUUGUUAGGAAACAAGAUAACACUUUUGACACAGUUGUAUUGAGUUAGAAAUGUUAAACCUGUAAUUACUAUGUAUCUAUGCUAAAUAUAUAUAGUAAUAAUGUUAUUCAGGUUAUUUUCUUUUGCCCAUAAAGUUUCAUAUGAUGGGUCCGCUGAGUUAUUUGAAUUUAAGCUGUUGCUAACAUGGAUACUGUGAAGAGUAAACUAAUAUGCUCAAAGAAUGAUGUAUCUUCUUGUUGCUGCAAAUAUCUAAAAGUAUUACAUCUGAAAAAUGUCGGUAAAUGUUGGUGUGUGACUCUAACAUGAUCUCCCUUGUAUAUUUGCAAUCAAUAGAUAAUCAAGCGGUCGCUGACUUCACAUGAAAUUGCAACCAGCAGCCAAAAUAAAUGUUUGCUUUCCAUCCAAAUCAUGUGAUUCAAGAAAGAUAUCCUCAUUCCUGAACCUCCCUCUGCUUUAAACACAAACAUUGCUCACCCAUUAUAGAAACAAUAAUGAGUCUGCGUCUUGUAAUAUUCUUGUUCUGUCAUAUAAUUUGAAUGAUAUGAGUUUCUGGCAGUGGUGAGAAUGAUCUGACUGUCAGUUUACACACAGCUGUGGAGUAAAUGAAUGAAUGAACGCUUCUCCCAGGUGUGGGACAGUGCUACCUGUGGCCCAGCGACAGCCCCCGCAUGCAGACAGAUGCACGCUGCGCUCCCCCGAACAUCUGUCUGGCUCCGCAAAGGGCUCGGCUGCAUAAAAUCAAGUCAUCCCCAGUACGUCGUUAACAGCUGAACUCAGGCGUGAUGUGAGACUCAUGAUGAAAGACAGCCUCGAUUCUCCCGUGGAGAGUGCUGCUGUAGUGGUUAGA